CAAAACAUCAAUCCCUUACGUUGCAUGGCCGAAUCUCGAAAGCGCAAAUAAACCUACAAGAAACGCAAUAGUUGAUAGCGAUCAUCGAAUCAUAAUUGGAAAAACUGAGGUCGAUGAUGAUGAAGAAUGUGAUGAAAUGGGAAAUACUGAUGAAAUAAAAGAUGACACUGACAAAUCAAUACUUCAUCCAACUGAAGCUAACUACAGAAAAGCUGGAGGUACUGAAGACAUUUCUGUAAGUCAUCAACAAGAUGAUAAUAAAAUGAUAUUUGAUAACUCUAAUGAAGAUUUGUUGAAUCAUGACCUUGGAACUGUGAUAUAUAAAAAUGAAAAUAGUACUAAAAGUUUAGAAAAGACAAUUGUUAAUCAAAGUAGUGUAAUACAAGAAACUGUAGUCCAAGAUAUAGAGCCAAGUAUUAGUGACUUGCAUUAUCAAAUAACUGAUGUGGGAAGUAAAGAAGAAAUACUUAGUGGCUUUAGUAAUACGUGUGUUGAAGUCCAAAACGCAAAAGAAAAUAUGGCAAGCUCAAGUAAUCAAAGUUUUGAUAUCCAAAAUAAAGAGGAAAUCAUUAGCAGCUCUGAUAAUCGAGCUAUUGGAAUUCAAAAUAAAGACGAAAUUCUUAGGGACUCAAAUAAUGAAGAUAUUGAAACCCAAAAUAAAGAGGAGAUACUUCGCAGCCCAGUUAACCAAGAUAUUGAUGUCAGUCAAAUGAACGAUGAGCAACAAAGUCUGAGCAAUAACGAUGACGACGUCACUCUUAUUCUUAAUGAUAACGUAAAUGAAGUGAAAAAUAAUGAAAGUAUUACUGAUGACAGAACUAACAAUGAAAAUAAUAACAAAGAAAGCGUAGCUUACACUAGAGCGAAAAGAAAAAGUAAUAUUCCCCGUAAAUAUAAAUUUAAUGACACUGAAAGUGAUACGGAUGACGACGAAGAUUAUAAUGAAAACGAAACCAAUGACAAAAAACGUGCUGAUAAGCCUGGGGGCAAAUUAUUGUCAAAUAUACAUCAAUGUUAUGUUUGUUUUAAGCUUUACAAAACCAAAGAUGAGCUGCUCGAUCAUUGUGAGCAACAUUUUGAUGUUUGUAACAGAACCAUGCUACGAAAAUGUCCACUGUGCGAUCAUGUUGCCGACAAAAACAUGAGAAGACACCUCAAACUUAAACACAACAUUAAAACGAACCUUCGCACUGGACAUAUAAAAGAUAGAAAAGAUAAUUCCGGCGGCUCCAGAUUCUAUUACGAAUCCAAAAGUAAUAAAUUUGAUAAAAUGGAAAUAAUUCCGAGUGUUAAAAAUUUGAACCGCGAAGCGUACAUGGAUUUGGAUAAAAAACGACGCGAAAGUAAUAUAACAACAGUGCAAAAGAAGAAAUUGGUUAAGAAAGGGAAAGAAUGGAUUGUAAUGAAGGAAAGAGUUAAUAUUGACAACUAUGUUUUGCCACAAUUCGAUUCUGGUGAUACAGAGAUUGGUGAGACAGAUGAUUACUGUCAGAAAUUGAAGAAUUUAAGCAGGGUUGCUAAAAAGAAAGGGCAUAAAAUGAUGUAUCCUUGUGAUAAAUGUGUGAAGAUUUGUCAAACACUGUCCGCUUUGAAACUACAUUAUAGAACACAUGAUCCAAAUCCGAAACCUUACAAACCUAAGGUGUGGAAACACAAAUUAAAAUUAGAUGAGGAGAAACCUAAAAAAGGGAAAACAGGCAAUAAAAUUAGUAAACUAAAUAAAUCUAUUAAUGAUAAACAAAAUAUAGAAACUAGUGAUGGUAGCAAUAAAAAUAAAACUAACAAUAAUAGGUUUUUAGAUCCAAAACCAGUUGUAAACAAACAUAAAUGUGACCCUAAAUUAAUUAAAUUUUACAAAAACAAUAUAAAGGGCGGAGAUAUUGAAUUUUGGCAGUUCUUAAAGAUCUAUAACAGACUUACUCGGGAGAAAAUAGAUAACUUCGAAGACCUAGAAAAUAGAACUGAUUUUGGACUUCAAAUAAAAAUGGAAACCAUAAAAGAAAACAAGGUUGGGGGCACAGUUGAAAAAGAGAGUGACGAUAAACCAUGCAAGGAAAAAAGAGACAGAGGAAGGGUACAAGUAAAGAAGAAUAGAUAUAAAAGAAAGAUUAUGUUGAGUAAGAAAGAGUAUGAAAAGAGGAAUGAACUGAAGAAAAAAUUGAGGGAAAAUAUAAUAAAUACAUAAAUAUAUAUUUUUUUUGAAUUACUUAGUGUGUAUGUAUUAUGUUUAGAGAGCAAUAUAAGUAUUAGUGUAAGCAUACAGAGUGGAUAGUAAACAGAGACAAAAUUUUAUAUUAUUUCAAGUAUUGUAGUGUGUGGUUUAUUGGGAAUCUUAUUACUAAGACACCACUGCCAUUUUAUGUCUAUCAGCGGACUGUAUCACAUUAAUCACUAUAGUUAGAUAGUAUUUGUCAAUAUCACCAAAAAUACAAAAGUAUCUAGUCUUGCCAUAAAUACUGAAACAAAGGAAAAUUCUUCACUGCUAAACGUACGGAUUGUUUUAGGGACUCUAAAUUGUCAAGGCGUUUAGAGCAAGCUGUACUCUCCAAAACUAACCAUAAAUCAUAAGCCAGCGGAUUAAGAUUGGGACAAGACGACGGCUAAUCUUCAGGCCAGUUCGUUUCCAACCAAGGCUGCGUAGACCGAGCUUUAUGACCCGACGCCGAGUCUUGCUGGAAGGACCAUUCUUGGUUAUUGAACAUGGUGUUGUUAAGGGGCUUCACUACAUUCUCAAGAAUGGUAUCGUGAUGCACUUGUGCCGAUGUUUUGAUACCUUUUUCACAAAAUUAUGGCUCAGUCACUCCUUCAUUACUACUACCCCAUUAAACCAUCACUGAAGUCAGAUAGUGCCCACGUUGCACUCUGUAGCUUUGAGCAUAAAUACGGUCAUUUUGUUUGUUAAAAUGCUGCUCAAUUGUAAACAAAUUCUCAUCCUUAAAUAAAAUUUACCUGUGACCUCCCUUUGUGUACCGCUUCAGUAGCUGUUUCGAUUUUACCACCAUAUUCUUUUUUAAAUUAUCAGUAAAGAAAUGACUAGUAUAUCUCUUAUAGGCUGUCAUCGUAAGUCAUCUUUUAAAAUAUGCGCAAGGUUGUAGGUGCUAUCUUCAUUACCCGACAUAAAAUCUUUUGAUUGCGGACAGGAUUCCUUCGAAUUCUAUCUCAUACUGCUUUGACCACCUUUUUCGUACUAACACUACGUGGACGGCCAGAUCUUUUUCUGUCACAAACAGAGGUCUCAUUGUUCCUUUUAAUAGCCCGGUACAUAAACAUUUUACUAAUACCAAGCAUAUGGAGAGUUUUAAAAAUUGCAUUUGGCAUGCCUACUUUGUGUAAUGCAAUCAGCAACGAUUCGGUUCUCUUUAUCACCCUACUCCAUUUUAAUAUCGCAUAAUAUUGUACAAUGUAUUGGCGCCAAAAUGAGAAAACUCAAUGAACAAUCACAUGAAAAUGACAGAUUCCAAAUUGUAAUAUUUUGUUUAUUUUUAAUUGUAACAGGAUUUAUGGCCAGACUAAGUACAUACAGUUAUCGCGCUAGUUGAAAGCAGUCGGGGUUUCAGGUAAAGAUUUGGAGCAUCUCCCCCGCUGUCCGCACGUCUCACCUCGCGCGCCUUCAGCAUCCAUAUUCACUUUAAAAAAUAGUGCAGUCAAUCUACUUUCAUAUGGAGAAUAUUUUUUCGUACUACCAACUGUUUCUUGUUCACUCUGUAUAAUUUUAUUUUGACCUUACUGUAGUUUUAAAGGAUCUCAUCAGAUUUAUUUUUAUUUAGCGAAUAAUAUAUCGGUGUGGAAGAUUAUUUACGUAUUUAAAUAUUUGAUAGUAAACAAUAUAUGUUAACUAUUCCGGGCAACGAACAAGCACUCUACCUUGCAGUGUUGUCACUCCUAUAGACAUCAAAAUGGCACUUAAUUGCGUCUAUUAUAUGGUUGUUCUCACUUCACAGGUGCCCAAUAGGUGUCAUAUAAUAAAAAAUAUAUGCAAAAGUAACGCGUGUAAAUAGACUAUCAGAAGCUUGAAAUAUUUUUAUUGGUCCUUCGAACCUAUUUACUCCAGCUAAAUUAGGGGCGAUAGGGCUCUUCUUAACAUCAAAUUUUUGAAAAAAAACAAUACAUGUUUACUGAUUGUAAUUUAAGUAGGGAUAUCUUAAAUUUUUUUUAAUAUAUAAUGCGUCAGUGGCGAAAUAAGUAGAACCGUUCAGUCACCACAGUGGACCCGGAACGUAUCUCGCCCGCCACGUGUUUUUCGGUUUCCCGAUUCAUAUUUUGUACUAUUGGUCAUUUUUAUAAGGUCGGCAACGUUCUUGUGAUUUCUGUAACACCGAUACAAGAGAGUUUAGGCACCUACUAUUAGCUACUCGUAUGUAUGUUCGUUAGUCUUCCUUCCCCAAACCUAAUCUAUAUCUUGGUAUAUUUAUUCCAAUUCCAAUCUAUAUAUUGUAUAUUUAUAUAUACAUUAUGGCGCCAUCGAUCAUCAUCCCCAUUUGUUGAGAUGUCGCUCUUUGUGAUCUAAAAAUAAGUCGGGUCACUCUUUUUAAGGUUUUUGAUGGCAAUUUUAUUUUGAACAGGAAAUUAUAUUUUUUUAAUAGUGCAAAAAUUUCUGGGAAUGCCAGUCAGAGCGAAUUUAAAGUGGCGACAAAUUGUCAAUUUUCAACCAAUCCUCCGAUUUGAUGUUAUGAAGUUUUUAAACUUUGUGGUACUUUUUCGGCGUUUAACAUUUUAUAAAGUUACAUAGUAAUGUAAACAACCGAAUAACAAAAUAUUUCUUUGCACAUUCUCUAUAUUGGCUCUACUGAAAAAUCUGUGUUCCCGGCCUUAGUAAAUAUAAAAGGAUGCAGACAGGGGUUUGGUUGGAGGGUAGUUCAUAAUUAACGUAUAAUAAUUUGUUGAUUAAUAUUAAGUGUGCUGUUUUAGUUAGUUUUAUUAAGAGUAUAUAAUAGAUAAAUGGCUGUAUAGCAGAGAUAGGUAAAGACUUUUCUGGUUCAUUGAAUGUGAUGAUACUGGUAAUAUUAGUUAGCCAAGCUCCACCUAGAAAGGCUGAAGUUCACUGAAGAAUCCACAGGCUUCAGGCAGGUUUGCUGCCCGGGAUGACGUGCACAGUUGAUUCUUUAGCUCUAAAACAUCUACAUAGCAGACUGUCCUUGGCACGUAUUGCACAUUAUUGUUUGUCUAGAGCUGUGUUUUUCAAUCUUAUUUAAUUCGCGCCCCAUUUCAUUUUGAAAAAUUCUGUCACCUUGUCAGUUAGAUAAAUAAUUUAUAAUUUUAAUUGAACUCUUCAAUGGCAGACAUUAAAACUAAAAAGAGAAAUUGAUUUCAAUUAUAAAAUGAUUUGAUUGACAUUUAAAAAAGCAACAUGAUUAGACAAAGGUCAUCCUUGUCACCAAAAUUGUGUUUUUAGUAUACCUGGCCUUCUUCCUUCUUAGGGGCGACCCCCCAAAUAAGGCUUCGCGACCCACAGAUUGAAAAACACUGGUUUAGAUGACAAUUGUGUUAUCGUCCCUGUCAAUAAGGUUUGUUCUUACGUCAGAGGUUUCUUGUGGAUGUACUUUGUGGUAAAUAUCAUUUUCGUACAAUAAAUAAGUAGACUCACAAUCACGCUCAAAAAUUGUCUUAAGCAAAACUCUGCGUACGCGUCUAUUAGGCAGAGUUUUCGUUCAGUUGUGUGUCGACCGCGCUUUGAAUACAACGCCACGCAAUGAAAAAAUGUUAAGUAAUAAACUGUCCAAAAAACAGCAUAAUAUCCAAACUUUAAAAAGGAUGGAGUGUCGUAUUCCAGUGCAACCACCAGUGUGUAACUCGAAGUUUUUAAAUCAUUUUGCUAAUAAUUACAUUUCAAUUGAUAAAACAAAAUGUUCUUGCAUCGUGUUCGCGUCCGAGCUUCUUAUGAGCGUGUUCAAUAGACUUUGAACAUUACUGCUACGAAAUAAGGUGUUAAUUUGAAUGAAUGUUAUCUGUACGUUAACGUUAUGCAACGUUUAUUCAACACCGCUCGGACAUUUUUGACGAUUUUUUAUUAGAUGAUUGGAAUUCUAUUUGUCUAUAGUACGUCAAUGUUAGGAAUAUAGAAAAUAAUUUGUUGUAUCCAAUCCAAUGUAAGAAAUAUAAAAAAAUACUCACUUUAGUGUUAUAUAUAUUUCAUAAAAACAACAAACUAUAUUAAUAGCUGAGCGUUUUAAAUUAGUUAUUUCAGUUCAAGAGCGUAUAGUAUGUAUCUGUAUGUUUAAUAAAUAAUUAAAUACCUAUAAUAAUUCUCAACCAUAGAAUAUACUAUCGUAUAGACGACCUGACAGUCCGUUAGCUAAUAGUUUAAUAUUCCAAAUACUAUGGAGCUUUUAGUUAGUUUUAUUAAGAGUAUAUAAUAGAUAAACGGCUGUAUAGCAGAGAUAGGUAAAGACUUUUCUGGUUCAUUGAAUGUGAUGAUACUGGUACUAUUAGUUAGCCAAGCUCCACCUAGAAAGGCUGAAGUUCACUGAAGAAUCCACAGGCUUCAGGCAGGUUUGCUGCCCGGGAUGACGUGCACAGUUGAUUCUUUAGCUCUAAAACAUCUACAUAGCAGACUGUCCUUGGCACGUAUUGCACAUUAUUGUUUGUCUAGAGCUGUGUUUUUCAAUCUUAUUUAAUUCGCGCCCCAUUUCAUUUUGAAAAAUUCUGUCACCUUGUCAGUUAGAUAAAUAAUUUAUAAUUUUAAUUGAACUCUUCAAUGGCAGACAUUAAAACUAAAACUAUAUUAAUAGCUGAGCGUUUUAAAUUAGUUAUUUCAGUUCAAGAGCGUAUAGUAUGUAUCUGUAUGUUUAAUAAAUAAUUAAAUACCUAUAAUAAUUCUCAACCAUAGAAUAUACUAUCGUAUAGACGACCUGACAGUCCGUUAGCUAAUAGUUUAAUAUUCCAAAUACUAUGGAGCUAAUGCCGUGUGUAGCUGACUAUUUAUGACUUGUCAAUUUAAUAGGUUACAGGCCAAAAGAAUCGCUUUCCCUUUCUAUCUAGCUGUCUCUCCGAUAUGUUCUUCUCUCUCAAAGUCAAAUAAACUAUUCAAUUUAUAGGGUUAAAUUAAGCGCUUUUGAACCGUCACUAUAAAGAUUUGUUUUAUAUAACUGAAAAUUUAUUGAAGUAGGCGUUACUUUGCGGAUAUCCAUAAUUAUACAAAUGAUUUAAGUUUUCUUUAAGGUUAAUUCCGCCAAUAUUUGUUUUUAAAAAAUUCGACACACUGAAACUGAGACUGCACAGUCUCGUGCCAGAUUUUGGCGAGACAACACGUCCUGAGGAUGCCCCGUGUAGAGGCGAAACACGUCGAAUUGUUUAAAAACAUUGUCGGAAUUAACACUAAAGAAAACUUAAAUCAUUUGUAUGAUAUAACUGAAUCAACCAGAUGUUCGGAAAAAGUAGAGCUCAUGAGAAGAAAUACAAGAAACAUACUGGCCACUCUUUUCAAUUAAAUACACUCUGUCUAUCAAUAUAUACCCUAGUAUAUUGUAAUUCUUGACAGAAAUAUUUGAGACAACUUACUCGCGGUAUAUUUUUGACAAACUUUAGUCACCAUUUACCAUUGGGACGCUACUUUGCACAGGAUGCCGACUAGAUUAUGGGUAUCACAACGCCGUGAAGCAGUAAUAUGCAAGCAUUACUAUGUUUCAGUCUGAAGGGCGACGUAGCUAGUGAAAUUAUGGGCAAAUGAGACUCAACAUCUUAUGUCUCAAGGUGACGAGCGCAGUUGUAGUGCCGCUCAGAAUUGUUGGGGGUUUUUCAAUAAUCCUGAGCGACACUGCAUUGUAAUGGGCAGGGCGAAUCAAUUACCAACAGCUGAACGUCCUGCUCGUCUCGGCCCUUAUUUUCAUUAAAAAAAGUCUACUAAUAGAAGCCUGUGGAGUUGUUAUCAGAAUAAGUGGACUGUAUAGGUUUGUGUGAAUAGAAUUAAAGGUUUUUUUAGUGCAAUAGUUGUUUAUUGUUAGAAUAACAUCACAUACUAGAAAUAUAUCACUUAAUUAUAACAUAAUAAAUAUAUUAUAAACAUUC